AUGCAUUGUCAGUUUGCUCAAGGGCUGUUAGCACAAAUUCCCUCUCUAUAUAAGGUCUCUGAGAAGAUGAGCUCUGUACAGGCCAUCUCCUUACUGGAAGUCUCAUAAUUCUGCAAGAAUGAACACCAUCGUGUCCUGCCUUCUUGCUCUUGCCAUCAGCAUGCCACUGUGUGAUGCUGCCUGUUACAUCAUACCAUUCAAGCCAGGGAUGUCUAAUGGUGUGGUUGUAGGCUGCCUUGAUGAGAAAGGAAAGGUCCAUGAAUUUGGUUCUAGCUGGAAGACUGAGGACUGCAAUAAUUGCUACUGCUCUGAUACUGGAAUUGACUGCUGCAAUAGCUAUAUCACACCAGCUGACUAUGAUGAAGAGAAAUGUGAAAGCAUUUUCAACAAGGAGACUUGCUCUUAUAAAGUAGUGGAGAAAGAUGAUCACUCAAAAGAAUGCCCAGUUCAUGUAUGGGUAGGGUAACAGAAGAAGGGUGGAUUGGGGGGAUAUUUCCUUUUAUUGUUUUCAAGGUUGUCUUUCACAAAUUCAAAAAUACUUAAAAUGCAGCCUGUUGAGUGAAAGCUACUCAUAACCCAACAUAUAAUGAAACUGAGUAACUACUCACAAAAAUCUCCCUUGACUUCUCUGCCUUAUUCUUCACCAUGAACAAAGAACUGACCUGUUCCUUCCUUGAGGUCAGACAUUAAAGGUGACAUUUUAAAGCAUCCUUGGUAGCUGCUAACCUGUAUUCUUCUCUCGUAAUGUUUCAGUGCCAAGGAGCACAUUCUAUAAUCUCUGAACAGCUGUAUCUUAAAGCUAAAAUAAAAUCAAAUAAAGCAUCAGAAAUUCA